CAGAUGGGAUUAAAGUCCACAUGGAUAUAUGGAAAAGGACCAGGAACUGGCACUAAAAAGAUGGUCAGCUGCAAUUCGGGUUGCCUUAUAUGCCUGGUGGUGGUCGCCAUGGCCGGACUUUCUGUGGCUCGGCCAUCAUACAAUUCAGUUGUUCAAGACACCACUUUGGAACCUGAAGGAGCGCCCUACUGGACACACACUGACAAAAUGGAGAAAAGAUUACAUGCAGUCCCAGCAGCUAACACCGUCAAAUUUCGUUGCCCGGCUAUGGGAAACCCAACACCAACCAUGCGAUGGUUAAAGAAUGGAAAAGAAUUUAAACAAGAGCAUCGCAUUGGUGGAUACAAGGUACGAAACCAGCACUGGAGUCUCAUUAUGGAGAGUGUAGUCCCAUCUGACAAAGGAAAUUAUACUUGUAUAGUGGAAAAUGAAUAUGGAUCCAUCAAUCACACAUACCACCUAGAUGUUGUCGAACGAUCACCACACAGGCCCAUUCUCCAAGCUGGCCUUCCAGCAAAUGCCUCUGCGGUGGUCGGGGGUGAUGUGGAGUUUGUCUGUAAAGUAUACAGUGAUGCUCAGCCUCAUAUUCAGUGGAUAAAACAUGUAGAGAAGAAUGGCAGUAAAUAUGGGCCAGAUGGAUUACCGUAUCUUCAAGUUUUAAAGGCCGCCGGUGUUAACACCACGGACAAAGAAAUUGAGGUUCUCUAUAUACGGAAUGUAACUUUUGAGGAUGCUGGGGAGUAUACAUGCUUGGCGGGUAAUUCUAUUGGGAUAUCCUUUCACACUGCAUGGUUGACAGUUCUGCCAGCUCCUGAUGAAAAAAAAGAGUAUCCAUCAUCCCCAGACUACCUGGAGAUAGCAAUUUACUGCAUAGGGGUCUUCUUAAUUGCCUGUAUGGUGCUGACAGUCAUCUUGUGUCGUAUGAAGAACACUACCAAGAAGCCGGACUUCAGCAGCCAGCCUGCCGUGCACAAGCUGACUAAGCGCAUUCCUCUGCGCAGACAGGUGUCUGCAGAUUCUAGCUCCUCCAUGAACUCCAACACGCCUCUGGUGAGAAUAACCACUCGUCUCUCAUCAAAUGCUGAUGCCCCAAUGCUGGCAGGUGUCUCAGAGUAUGAACUGCCAGAGGAUCCAAAAUGGGAGUUCCCCAGAGAUAAGCUGACACUGGGUAAACCCCUUGGAGAAGGUUGCUUUGGGCAAGUUGUCAUGGCAGAAGCAAUGGGAAUCGACAAGGACAGACCCAAAGAGGCGGUUACUGUGGCAGUGAAGAUGCUGAAAGAUGAUGCUACAGAAAAAGACCUAUCUGACCUGGUGUCAGAGAUGGAGAUGAUGAAAAUGAUUGGGAAGCACAAAAAUAUCAUCAAUCUUCUUGGAGCAUGUACACAGGAUGGUCCGUUGUAUGUGAUAGUUGAAUAUGCUUCUAAAGGGAAUCUGCGGGAGUAUCUGCGAGCACGGCGACCCCCUGGAAUGGAAUAUUCAUUUGAUAUCAACAGGGUACCAGAAGAGCAGAUGACAUUCAAAGACUUAGUAUCAUGCACAUAUCAACUGGCAAGGGGCAUGGAGUACUUGGCUUCACAGAAAUGCAUUCAUCGAGACUUAGCAGCAAGAAAUGUUUUGGUAACUGAAAAUAAUGUGAUGAAAAUAGCAGACUUUGGUUUGGCCAGAGACAUCAACAAUAUAGAUUAUUAUAAAAAGACUACUAAUGGCCGGCUGCCGGUAAAGUGGAUGGCUCCAGAAGCCCUGUUUGACAGAGUUUACACACAUCAAAGUGAUGUUUGGUCAUUUGGUGUGUUGAUGUGGGAGAUCUUCACUUUGGGAGGUUCACCCUAUCCAGGAAUUCCAGUGGAGGAACUUUUUAAGCUGCUUAAAGAAGGGCACAGAAUGGAUAAGCCUGCCAACUGCACCAAUGAACUCUAUAUGAUGAUGAGAGAUUGCUGGCAUGCAGUGCCUUCGCAGAGACCAACUUUUAAGCAGUUGGUAGAAGACUUGGAUCGAAUUCUCACUCUCACAACUAAUGAGGAAUAUCUGGACCUCAGUGGACCUCUUGAACAGUAUUCACCCAGUUAUCCCGACACUAGGAGUUCGUGUUCUUCAGGUGAUGACUCUGUUUUUUCUCCUGAUCCAAUGCCUUAUGAACCCUGUCUUCCCAAGUACCAGCACAUAAAUGGUAGUGUUAAAACAUGA